AUGGACAAGGUGUUCGAAACACAGAUCGGGCGAAAUUUGGAAGUCUAUGUAGACGACCUCGUAAUCAAAAGCAGCGAAGAAAAACAAAUGUUGGCAGAUAUAGAGGAAACUUUCCAGCGACUCAGAGAGUACAACAUAAAGUUAAAUCCAAAGAAAUGUUCGUUUGGGGUGGAAGAGGGGAAGUUCCUGGGGGUAGUAGUCACCCGAGACGGUUUUAAAGCUAACCCGGAAAAAGUAUCCGCCAUAUCGCGAAUGCCUUCUCCCCGAACGCUGAAGGAAGCUCAAGCUCUAAAUGGACGACUGGUAGCAAUCAACAGGUUCUUAGCAAGGCAUGCUGAAAAGUCAUUGCCAUUCAUAAAAACGCUAAAAGAUUGCCUCGAUAAGAAGAAUUUCAAAUGGACCAGCGGAGCGGAACAGGCUCUGCAGGAAAUGAAGCGUUUUAUAGAAAGGUUACCCACGUUGACCGCGCCUAGACCCGGUGAAAUGCUAAAAAUGUAUUUAGCGGCAGCUCACACGGCGGUGAGCGCCGUGCUCAUGGUUGAACGAGAAGGGAAACAAACACCAAUAUACUACAUAAGCCGGGUGUUAGCGGGGCCUGAAACGCGCUACCCUACACUGGAAAAGCUAGUUUUAGCAUUAGUGCACGCCACGAGGCGAUUAAGAAUAUAUUUUCAGGCACACCGUGUACAAAUCUUAACCAACUAUCCGCUACAGCAGGUCUUGCACAAACCAGAGGUCUCGGGCAGGUUGGCUAAAUGGGCCAUCGAGCUAGGGGCCCUAGAUAUCGAAUAUCAGAAGCGAACGGCGGUUAAGGGGCAAGUGAUUGCUGAUUUCUUAGCCGAAAUACCAGAAGGAGAGGUCGUUACGGACCCGGUCAUCCAAGAUAUACCAGAGUCCAGCACUGCGAGGCAGACUUGGAAGUUAUACACGGAUGGAUCAUCUAGUGGAAAGGGGUCCGGUGCAGGCCUAAUGCUGAUAAGUCCAGAUCAAGUCAGGCUAAUGUACGCCUUACGUUUUGACUUCGAGUGCUCUAAUAACGAAGCGGAAUACGAGGCAUUAUUGGCAGGGUUACGGAUGGCAAAAUCCAUGGGGGCAGCCAGGGUAUACGCAUACGUCGACUCGCUGCUGGUCAACAAUCAGGUCAACGAAACGUACGAAGCCAAAGACGAGGCGAUGGCAAAAUACCUGGCAAAAACUAAAGAACUAAUGGAUUCCUUCGACAAGGUCACACUCAACCAUGUGCAUAGAGGGAAGAAUCAAAUAGCAGACGCCAUAAGCAAACUCGCUACCUCAGGCAUGGAAAAGGAAGUCAAAGUCGAAACGUUGCAGACACCUUCAAUAGAACCGCGGAGUGUUUCCGCUGUCACAACAGAAGAACCUUGCUGGUAUACUCCGAUUCUACGCUUUCUCGUAACAGGUGAAUUACCUCCUGCCAAGGGCGAGGCGCAAAAGAUACAAACGAAAGCGCUGCAAUAUGAAGUCAACGAUGGUAUCCUAUACCGAAAAUCUUACUUAGGUCCGUUGCUGCGAUGCGUUUCCCCAAUAGAGGCAAAGUACCUCAUCGGAGAGAUUCACGCGGGUAUAUGCGGCAUACACGCCGGACCUAGAGCAGUGGUGGCCAAAAUCCAUAACGCAGGAUAUUACUGGCCCGGGAUGCAUGAGGACGCUGUAACGGAACUGCGAAAAUGCCGCAGUUGCCAAAAGUUUGCUCCUCAGACGAUACGGCCCAAAAACAGCCUGGUACCGGUAACAGCAGCGUGGCCUUUCCAGAAAUGGGCUGUGGAUAUCGUAGGACCUUUCCCGCCGGCCCCCGGAAAGUUGAAGUACCUAAUUGUGGCGGUCGAUUACUUCACCAAAUGGGUGGAGGCAAAACCUUUGGCUAAGAUAACGGCGGAAAACGCCAAAAAAUUCCUCUGGGAGCACAUCGUGUGCAGGUUCGGGUUACCGCUCUACCUGGUAAGCGACAAUGGGACACAGUUCACAGAUAGAAUUUUCCAGGAAUAG